GCGGGGGCGGAAGGGGCCGCGCAGAGCCCCGGCCCCGCCGCCGUCUCCGUGGGCUUGAGCGUGGCCGUGGUCUCCAGCCUGGUGAACGGUUCCACCUUCGUGCUGCAGAAGAAAGGGAUCGUGAGGGCGAGAGGACGAGAUUCCAAGACCAGAAGGGACCAUGUGAUCAUCUAGUCUGACCUUCUGUGUAACACAGGCCAUAAAAUGUCCCUAAAAUAAUUCCUACAGCAGAUCUUUUAGAAAAUAUACCAUCUAGAAUUAAAAAUUGUCAGUAAGGGAGAACCCACCAGGACCCUUGAUGCAUUGUUCUAAUGGUUAAUUACUCUCACCAUUAAAAUUUAUGCCUUAUUUCCAUUCUUAAUUUGUCUAGUUUCAACUUCCAGCUAACUUUAUUUGUACCCCCUCUUUGUUCUGGUUCUCUCCUAAGGACACAUAACCACAUAAUUCAGCAUAAUUGGCAAUCUUGUUUUAUGGAGAAAUGCCCACUAAGUAUUAUAAAACCACCAAAAGUUUUUCUUUAUUAUAUAACUGUAAGCCUUAAUGUGAAGUUGGAUUCCUGAAGUAAAAAUGUAGAGCAAUAGCUCACUGUACUGCCCACUUAAAUGUUUCUGACAAAUCAACAUGAUUGUUACAAAUUCACAAUUUGUCAUUUUUUGUGUGUUCUGAAGUCAGUUUUCUAAAGCAUGAUAUUAUUUUGCUAACAGAGUUUUUAUGCUUUGAAUUUAAUCUGUGAGAAAUAGCAAAAUUUGUCUCCCCCUCCCCCCCCAAAUCCUUGCUUUUGGAAUGAUUUCAAGAGGAAACUCAUAGACUCUGGGUUGCACUGUAAUCAGUUACAUGUUGCUUGCAGCAGUCAUUCUUUUUGUAUUUGUGUAUAUAUAUGUAGGGAGCUCUUGUGGAAUAUCUAUUCAAAUUACCAGAACAUAUUAGAUAUGACCUCCAGAAUUUUUUUAUAUUGCUGGUCUAGGACCAGCUCACAUUUCAAGAUCAUGCUGUGUCUAAUGUGUUCGUCAUGGACUCUUUCAUGUAUAACAAACAACUUUCAACUGCAUUACUACCAGCUGACAGCAUGAUCCAACAAGUUUAUUUUGCAUUUUCCACAACUGCAGCAUUUUAAGCCCCUGUACAUGCUGCUGUUUUUACUCCUGAGGGCAUUCUGUGCCAAAAAAUCUGCACCCAAUAUUUUAAAAUUCUGCACGUUUUAUUUGUCAAUAAAUAAAUGCAGAGGCUCCAGCGUGCCAGUGGGGAGCACAGGCUAUUGGCUGUACGAAGGUGGGAGAUCACACUGCAGCCUCUUCAACCCCGGGACAUGGACUCAGUGGUGAGACUGCACCCGACCCUGACACAGCACAAGGCCUGGGUAUGCCCCAGAAACAUCCUGGCGUCCUGCCCCUCUGCACCAGGCACAACAGGUGUGGGACAGGAAGGCUCAACCAGGCAGGAUCCAAGUACGGAACGGCUCAAUGUGGGGUACUUCAUAUUUAACAGAUAUAGUAUGGUGGUCUGGUACUAUUGCAAUGGCACUUGGUCAAAUCGGAAAUUUCUUGGCCUACACUGCAGUUCCAACUGUGUUAGUGACUCCUCUAGGAGCUCUUGGCGUUCCAUUUGGGUCCAUUUUAGCUUCUUACUUACUGAAAGAAAAACUCAACAUUCUCGGCAAGUUGGGAUGUCUGCUGAGCUGUGCUGGGUCUGUUGUUCUCAUAAUCCAUUCCCCAAAAUCUGAGAGUGUAACGACUCAGGCUGAGCUUGAAGAGAAGCUUACAAAUCCAGUGUUUGUGGGCUACCUCUGCAUAGUACUUCUCAUGCUUCUCCUGCUUAUCUUCUGGAUAGCGCCAGCUCAUGGACCCACUAAUAUCAUGGUUUACAUCAGUAUUUGCUCGCUGUUGGGCAGUUUCACUGUGCCCAGCACAAAAGGCAUUGGGCUGGCUGCUCAAGAUAUCUUUUACAAUAAUCCAUCAAGUCAAAGAGCCCUGUAUCUCUGUCUGGUUCUUCUGGCAGUGUUAGGAUGUAGCAUCAUCAUUCAGUUCAAGUAUAUCAAUAAGGCACUGGAAUGUUUUGAUUCAUCUGUGUUUGGUGCCAUCUACUAUGUUGUGUUCACCACUUUAGUCCUGCUGGCCUCAGCCAUCCUUUUUAGGGAGUGGAGUAACGUGGGAGUGGUAGAUUUCUUGGGGAUGGCUUGUGGAUUCACCACUGUAUCCAUUGGAAUUGUUCUUAUACAAGUCUUCAAGGAGUUCAACUUCAAUAUUGGGGAUUUGAAUAAACCUAAUAUGAAGACAGAUUAAAAUCAUAUUUGAGGGGAACUGGAAUGGCUCAGGGAAUGAUACAGAGCCUUCCAUUUCUAGGUAACUGAUUCCAAUAUGAUUGAAGUUGGCAGUUGGCAGUGGUAGCUUGUGUGAAAUGAAUUGGUGGCCUCCAUCCAGUUUUAAUGGACAGUUGUCCACAUACCCAAAAUCACCAUAAUUGACAUUAAUUGGUAUCAUUGCUGAUUGUCUCAGCAGAAAGGCUAAGGAAUGAAUCAGCAUAGAGACUGAUGUAUCUCCUUGCCCCUAAAAGGUGGUCUAUCCAGAAAAGGUUUGAUGACAUUCUGGCAGGCCAGUAUAGGAAAUCUUUACAUUAGACUGCCUGUGAUGUACUCGUUCUGUGAAUAGAGAACAUCAGUUUCUAAUGCACUCAGUCCAGCACUUUUCAUGAAUGGCGUAUGCCCUUUAAAAAAAAAAUUGUAAGCAAAUGGAAUAAUUCUGUUAAUUUCCUUAAAACAGGCAUGUGUUCGCAGUCCAGGCUAUGAAUUGUGAAAAAAAUGUUGAUUUGUGGACUACAGGUUUGUCCUUUGUACAGUAACUGCCUCCACAAUUUGGACUGACACAGGUGAAUGCACUUGGGGAGGCGGGGGGUUCUAAAUUAAGUCAUUGGUAUAGAGUAGUGCAUCUAACCCUUAAAAGCUUGCACUACUUACUUACCAACUGAAACUAGCUCAAAGAUCCAGCUGAAACUAGCAUCCAGAUUACAGGUAUACAUUUUAUUCAUAACUCUUUUAAGUGCAUUAAGACGUACCGCAUUCAUCCAAGAGCUUUUAAUGGUUAAUGGACAGGAAGAGGGUGAAGGACGUGAUGCACAGUCUUCCUGUAUACAUGGUGGGUUAUCCAGUGCCUUUGUAAUCUAAAAAUAUCACUUAAUUUGAAUGUGGUGGUUUCUGCGACCUUGUAACAGGUUAGAAUAAUCCAGUUUUGUUGUCUGUAAUAUUUGGCUGUACUCAAAUUAUAAGCAUGUAAAGCAGACAGAAAGGUCAGAAUAUUUUUGGAAAGGUUUCCAAGCCUGAAGUCAAUACUGAGAUGCUUUGGUGGCUUCUGCGAACAUCUAUAACAUAAUGAGAAGUAACUGAUAAGAGGUCUACUUACAGCAAUCCAGUAUAUAUAGAAUCCAGUUAUACAACAGAAUAUAGGAAACUAUUAAAGUAGUUACUUGACAAAAUUGUUCUUCAGAACAGGAUAAUGAGUAAACGGAUGUGUGUCACUAGAUUACUGAUUAUGAAAUCAGGCUGUGAACUGGCACUGUUAUGAACAAAAAGUUUUUGUGAGAAGUACAGGUGUGAGAUUUCUUCAUUAACUCAGAAGAAUGGGUAAGAUUAUGGUCUUUAGAAAGUGGAGUUGAGUAACCUAGUACACAUGCAUUCAGAUCCAAUAUUUCACAGCUGUGUUGUGGUUCCACAGCAGUAUUUUAAAGGCUUGUGCAAGUGGCCCAAGCCAUGGUACAAUUGGUUUGAAUGACUGGAUUACAGUAUAUGAAUAUGUCAAGGAAUAGGAGAAAUUUACUGAUAUUCACAGAAGGAUGUAUUGAUCUUGUCCUUGGAGUGAAAAUAAUUUUCAUAGUAUAAUGU